CAGAUUUUUAAGACAACACUGUAGACGUGUCUUAUUUAAGUGCAACAGUCCUGAUCCUUUGCUGUCUCUGAUUCGGGGCUACAGAAACCUGUUUCUGCAAUGAAUACAUCAAGUUACAUCUUCUCUGUACAGUCUGUCUUGCCCAAUGGGACCUUGGACAUCAAUGAGAACCGUUCUCUGGUCAACCUCAGCUCGAUUGGGUUCUGCGAACAGAUCUUCAUAAAGUCUGAGGUUUUUCUCACCCUGGGGAUUAUCAGUUUGUUGGAAAAUAUCCUUGUUAUCCUUGCCAUACUUAAGAACAAGAAUCUCCAUUCCCCCAUGUACUUUUUCCUUUGCAGCCUCGCCGUGGCUGAUAUGCUGGUCAGUGUCUCCAAUGCGUUGGAAACCAUUGUAAUAACAUUUCAAAGUAAAUAUGUGUUCAUCGGAGAGCAACUUCUACGUCAGUUGGACAAUAUCUUUGACUCUCUGAUCUGUAUUUCAUUGGUAGCGUCUAUAUGCAACCUCUUGGUUAUUGCCAUAGACAGGUAUAUAACGAUCUUCUAUGCUCUCCGGUACCAUAGCAUCAUGACGGUGAAGAAAGCCAUAACCUUGAUUGUAGUGAUUUGGAUAUCUUGUAUCAUUUGUGGCAUUGUUUUCAUUGUCUACUCUGAGAGCACGACUGUCAUUGUGUGUCUCAUUACCAUGUUUUUUACCAUGCUCGUACUCAUGGCUACCAUGUAUGUGCACAUGUUCCUGUUUGCUCGUCUGCACGUGAAACGGAUUGCCGCUCUUCCGGUGGAUGGCGUGGUCCAGCACAGGACGUGUAUGAAAGGCGCCAUCACCAUCACAAUUUUACUUGGAGUGUUUGUUGUGUGUUGGGCACCUUUUUUUCUGCACCUCAUUCUCAUCAUAUCUUGCCCAUCUAAUUCCUUCUGUGUUUGCUACACUGCUUAUUUCAACACUUAUUUAAUCCUCAUUAUGUGUAAUUCAGUCAUAGACCCUCUGAUUUAUGCUUUUCGCAGCUUGGAAAUGCGCAAAACCUUCAAAGAAAUCAUAUGUUGCUAUGGUAUGAAUUUUGCCAAGUGUGGCUAA